CUGCCACGACCGGGGCAGGUGUUGGGACUGGUGGGAACAAACGGUAUUGGAAAGAGCACUGCGCUGAAGAUUCUGGCGGGCAAGUUGAAGCCAAACUUGGGGAGAUACGAUGAUCCGCCGGAUUGGGAAGAGAUUCUGAAGCACUACAGAGGCUCGGAACUGCAGAACUAUUUCACCAAGAUUCUCGAGGACGACUUGAAGGCUGUGACCAAGCCACAAUAUGUCGACCAGAUUCCCAAGGCUGUCAAGGGAAAGAUCCGAACUGUUGGCCACCUGAUCACUGAUCGUGCUCAAGUGCCAAAGGAGAGACUGGAGGAGAUUACCGAAGCACUUGAGCUGAUUCAAGUGUGGGACCGCGACAUUGACCUCCUCUCUGGUGGAGAGCUGCAGCGUUUCGCCAUUGCCAUGGUCUGCGUGCAGAAGGCCGAUGUGUACAUGUUUGACGAACCUUCAUCAUUCUUGGAUGUCAAGCAACGUCUUGCUGCUGGUCGGAUCAUUCGCAGUCUCCUCCGCCCGGAUUGUUAUGUGAUUGUUGUUGAGCACGAUUUGUCCAUCCUGGACUACCUUUCUGACUAUAUCUGUUGCCUCUACGGUAAGCCGGCGGUCUAUGGUGUCGUUACUGCGCCCUUCUCCGUUCGUGAGGGCAUCAAUAUUUUCUUGGACGGCAACAUACCAACCGAGAAUCUGCGUUUCAGAGAAGAGUCCCUUACUUUCCGGGUUGGAGAGGCCGCCGAUGAAUUCAUGGUUGACAAGAAUCGCGACUACGAAUACCCAACUAUGACCAAGACCAUGGGUGGAUUCCACCUCACUGUCGAGACUGGCGAGUUCACAGACUCCGAAAUUAUCGUCAUGAUGGGUGAAAACGGUACUGGGAAAACCACUUUUUGCAAGAUGCUUGCCGGAGCACUUCCACCAGAUGAUGGCAAGAAGAUUCCAGCGAUGAAUAUCUCCAUGAAGCCUCAAAAAAUCACGCCCAAGUUUACGGGAACCGUGCGUCAGCUUUUCUUCAAGAAGAUCAAGACUGCCUUCCUCUCGCCACAAUUCCAGACUGAUGUCUACAAACCACUGAAGAUGGACGACUUCAUCGACCAGGAAGUGCAGAAUCUAUCCGGAGGAGAAUUGCAACGUGUAGCUAUCGUGCUUGCUCUCGGUCUUCCCGCAGACAUCUAUCUCAUUGACGAACCUUCGGCCUACCUGGAUUCUGAGCAACGUAUCAUCGCCGCUCGCGUGAUCAAGCGUUUCAUCAUGCACUCCAAGAAGACAGCGUUCGUGGUCGAGCACGACUUCAUCAUGGCAACCUACCUCGCAGAUCGAGUCAUCGUGUUCGACGGACAACCGUCUGUCAAGUCUCGCGCCAACCGACCUCAAUCACUGUUGACAGGUUGCAACAAGUUCCUGAAGAACUUGGAUGUCACAUUCAGACGCGAUCCAAAUACUUACCGACCGCGAAUCAACAAGCUCAACUCUCAACUCGAUACCGACCAAAAGAGCACAGGAAACUACUUCUUCUUGGAGGAUGACUCCUGA